AUCGCCGCCCUCGCCUAUGGCAUCUACCUCUGGGCCGACGCAGUCAAGUCCCAAUGGUACAUCUUCUCCGCACCCGCCAUGCACGCCCUCACCCUCGAAGCCCUCGCGCUCUACCCGAACUCCACCGCCGGCGCCGUCCACCACAUCGUCAGCUCCCUCCGCACCACCCACGGCGCCGCCCACAUCACCGUGAGCCCAUUCCCAGAUCACCCGCUCGCACCCUCAAGCAUAGACGACGAUGCACCGGCCCCGAUGCCCUGGGAUCCCAGCGCGCAGGUCUCUCCCUAUGAGAGCGAGUGGGUGUUCAAUAAUGCGGGUGGCGCAAUGGGCAGCAUGUACAUUAUCCACGCCAGCAUCACGGAGUAUCUGAUUGUGUUCGGCACGCCGCUUGGCACGGAGGGACAUACGGGCAGGCAUACGGCGGAUGAUUACUUUCAUAUCUUGGAGGGCGAGCAGUGGGCGGCGCCGGCGCAUAGUCUUGUUAUGGAGCGAUACCCGAAAGGUACGGUGCAUCACCUGAGGCGCGGCACGGUGAAGCAGUACAAGAUGCACGAGGGCUGUUGGGCGUUGGAGCUGGCGCAGGGCUGGAUCCCGCUCAUGCUGCCGUUCGGGUUUGGGGAUACGCUUUCGAGUACGCUUGAUUUACCGACGCUUUGGCAUACAGUGCGUAUCACGGGCCGGGAGAUGAUUAGGAAUCUUCUUGCUGGGAAAAUAUAA